AUGAAGAUGGCGUGAAAAGCGUUUUUAAAAAUGAAGAACUAGUGUUGAAAUGUUUGGAUCCUUACUGUCGCUGGCUUUAAUUUCAUUUUAUUCAAGAAAUGCUGCAUUUGGUUGCCCAGCCCAGAAUCAGUACGGAACUGAAUGUCGGAAUUGUUCAACAGCCUGUGAGAACGAACUCUGUAAUCCGGAGACAGGUGCUUGCUUAAGAUGUCACCCUGGAUUCACCGGCAACUUCUGUAAUCAAAGCUGUGCUGUGAACACUUAUGGUAAAGACUGCGUAAUGACUUGUGGAUUCUGUAAAGACGAGAGAACAUGCAAUCACAUACAUGGGAGUUGCGCAAAAGGGUGCACGGAAGGAUGGUUUGGAGAGAAAUGUGACAUCCCCUGUGAAUUUGGAUAUCAUGGUGUUGAUUGUAAUGAAGUAUGCAGUCUUAACUGUUUAUACCAGGAAUGCGACAGAUUUACAGGGAAUUGUACUUUCGGUUGUAUACCCGAAUAUCAAGGACCGAACUGUCAAACAAGGAGUUCACUUGAUUCGCAAUCCGCACUAGACGGGGCCAUCCUUGGAUACUCAGUGAAUGGAAUAUUCGUAUUCAUCAAUGUAGUACUUGGGGUUGUGUUUGGAUUAAAGUUCGUCAAACGGCAAAAUGAACGAAGACGCGUGGAACCUAUUGUAAUCACGAAGUCAGAAGGACCUACAAAACAGAUUGUGAGCAGUCUCGUUGUAUAGCCAUUACUGUGAUUUAAAGAAGCGCGCUUUCGUGCCAAGAAUAUCAACGAAAUGAAGAAGGCGAAAAUAGUGGAUGAAUAUUACUGAAGGUGAAAAUCAUGAGGCAGAGAAUCAUCAAAAUUUACAUUAAGCUAGACCUCUGUUUUAAAAAUAAUUGACUGAUCAUGCUGAUGUGAUAAACUUAGUAACUGUGUAAUCAGUGAUAAAAAUUUAUAAUUAUUUAUAUAUAUUCUAGCUAACGUCGCAUUUCUAUCUAACACGAUUGU